GUGAGGCUCUGAUAAAGAUGAGGGAGCUGUCCGAAGAAGCGUAAAUAUAGAGGAUGCCGAAAAAAUCGGCGCGAUUGCUUAAAGGCUGGCCCUUCGUGAUUUAGAUGAAGCUAAAGAAGUAGAAGAAUUUACAAUGACAUCGUUGGGAAAACUUGUUUUUCAUGAUACCUAUUCACGGUACCCCAUUCCAUUCUCUAGUAUCUCUGCACGUAAUCCAUCAGCAUCUUUAUCACUGGCCUUUGAAAAUCUUUUCUACAUGCCAUAUGACAUUAUAGAAAAUUAUGGACCCACUAUUCACACACUUGACGUUAGUCACAACAAAUUUAGCAGAAAUUUACAUUUUCUGGCGGAAUUUGAAAAUCUGACCUCAUUAAAUCUUGACCACAACAACAUAGACAGUAUCACGGUCUUCCCUUACAUGCCACAAUUACAACUGCUAUGGUUGAACAAUAACAACAUUGAAGAGUUGUUUCCGUUUUUAAAGAGUUUACAUAAAAGUUUACCAAACUUGCGAUAUCUGUCCUUGAUGGGAAAUAAAGCUGCUCCGAGUUACUUGAAUGGUGGAACAUUUUAUGAUUAUCUGCAGUACAGGCUGUUCGUCAUUUCAUGGUUUCCUAAACUAGUGCAUCUCGACGAUCGCGUUAUCACUCAUGAGCAACAUUCAGAGGCCAAGAGAUUAUUCAAGAGGCCAUUCCUUGAAGGAUUUUUUGAGAAGGCACCAAUUCCGAGUUGUAUGAGAUACUUACACGAAAAGAUGUCGACUUUUGUCAACCCGAUCUCUCUGCCAGAGAAGUUAAAAUCUAGAAAAUCAAAUCUAAUUGUCUAAGUCAGUAUUAUGUAAGUGACCAUUGUACGUAUACAUUUAUAAUCGACUUAUUUUAACGUUUUUUAUAAUGUUUUAUGAUGAGAGAUUAAUUUUUAAACGAACCAUUCAAUACUUGAAAUGAUCAUAAAUAAUUUUACAAAGCUGAAUCGCUUACUUGGGAUCACUAGUAAUUGAAUUUUCUGUGAUGAUUCCGCGCAAUCGUGAAAUAGUUCAAAAACUUGUUUAAAUAUUGCUUUACAACUUCAAUUUAAAUUUAGGGCUUUCUAACAAUCGAAUAAUCCUGCCGAUUUACAAGUUGUAAGCGCACACUAACAGAGGAGCUUUCGAAUGAGUAUACUAUUUUGCAUACUUGAGCAUUGAAAAUGAUGGUGCCCUUGUCAAUGUAAUGAGCAUAAGUAAGCGUCGAUAAGUUUAGAGAUACAAUUUUUUUAAACAUUUAUAUAAAAUAAAAGCGUUUUGAAACGUCCUUUUUACAACUAAUUACAAUAAUGUUACAUGUUAAAAGUGCCUUGCACCUAAUUUUAUAAAACAUAUAUCGAGAGAAAAUCAAUUUUGU